AUGUCAUUGGCAACUUUUAUGGGUGCUGUUGGUUCAUUCCAACGCAUCCAAGACUUUCUGAACACUGAUGUCCGUGUGGACAAGAGACGACGUCCAACCGAGGUUGAUCGACUCGUUCAUCAAGACGACCAUUGCAUCAGAAAUGGUUCAUCUAUUUCUCAGCUGACAGGAGACACACGCACAGAAAAUUCCAGCCCAACAAUUACGCCAUCUGAAGACUAUCUGCCCUCUUCCUUUGAUGCAAUUACUGUGCGGGAUGCCGAAUUCGGAUGGGAAGCAGAGAAGGAGCCUCUUCUUCGAUCCAUAAAUAUGGGGUCCCCCGAGAAAAGCCCUGUCGGGUGUGGGAAGUCUACAUUGAUAAAGGCUCUCCUUGGAGAGAUUCCAUCGCUGCGAGGCAUAAUUGAUGUCUCCUCCACUGAGAUUGCUUUCUGUGACCAAACUCCAUGGCAUAUGAAUGGAACCAUCCAACAGAGUAUCAUUGGGGUUUCUAUGCUUGAAGAGCUCUGGUAUGCUACAGUGAUACAAGCAUGUGCCUUAGAUGAAGAUCUCCGCCAGCUAUCUCGAGGGGAUCAAACCCCGAUUGGAAGCAAAGGUAUUUCGUUAUCUGGGGGCCAGAGUCAACGCAUUGCCCUGGCCAGAGCUCUAUAUGCUCGAAAAGACUUGAUUAUUCUAGAUGACGUUCUCAGUGGACUCGAUGCCGAAACCGAGAAUCGUGUGUUUCAUAGCUUGCUGGGGCGUCGUGGUGUAUUGCGCAAGCAGUGCAGUACAGUUCUGAUGACAUCUUCUUCUGUUGAGCCUGCUUUAGUCAAACGAAUUCCCUAUGCAGACCAUAUCAUCUGCCUGCAGGCCAACGGGAGAAUCUCCGAACAGGGUACCUUCAAAGACCUAAACGCAGCAGAAGGCUAUGUCUCAUCAUUCGCUCUACCACCACCCGAAUGGGAUUACGAGCCCCAAACCCCACGGGAAUUGUUCGAUGAGAAAGCAAAAGAAAGUAUACUAGACUCCCCGCAAAUAUCGAAGCCUGAAGGUGAUGAUCUCAGCAGGCGCACGGGGGAUGUCGCUGUUUACUUAUACUAUAUAAGGGCCGUUGGGUGGAUACCCACUCUCAUAUUCAUGGUCGCCAUCUCGGCAUUCAUCUUUUGCUUGUCGUUCCCAUCGAUUUGGGUCAAGUGGUGGGCGACUUCCAAUGCCAAAGCCCCCAACGAGAAGCUCGGGUAUUAUUUAGGGAUAUAUGGUCUCCUAGGAGGAUUAGCCAUGAUAUCUCUUAUCGCAAUUGAUUAUCACAAUGGUGCCUCGAUCUGGGGAAAGGUUUCACCGAAACUUACUAGAAACAGUGCUUGGCGUCGUCCAUUAUCUCUCUGCUUGUAUUAUUUGGAGACUAAUGAUGUCCGUAUGGCAGCCUUCGUCCUCUGUAUUGCACAAAUGAUAUUAAUUGGUGUCGCAUCGAUUUACGCUGCAAUCUCCUUCCCGAUCGUCCUAACUGCUGUGUUCUUCAUUCAAAAGUUCUACCUGCGAACCUCAAGACAGCUUCGAUUUUUGGACCUCGAGGCCAAGUCACCCCUCUAUUCACAAUUUAUGGAAUGUUUGAGUGGUCUUGCGACCGUCCGCGCAUUUGGCUGGCAGCAAGCGCUGGAAGAUAAAAACCGGAAACUCCUGGACGAGUCCCAAAAGCCUUUCUAUCUUCUUUUUGCAGUACAGCGAUGGUUGACACUGGUGUUGGACUUGGUUGUAGCUGCUAUCGCCGUCCUACUUAUUGUUCUAGUUACACAACUUCGGGGAAUAAUGAGCCCAGGCUUCGUCGGCGUUGCUCUUUUGAACGUGCUCCUGUUUAGUCAGAGUAUAAAGAUGCUGCUGACCUUCUGGACAAAUCUGGAGACACACAUUGGUAGCAUUGCGAGGAUCAAAGAGUUUACUGCUACUACAUUAGCAGAGAGUUUGCCAGGAGAAAAAGAUACUCCUCCUCCGUCAUGGCCUGCGCGGGGAGCCAUCAAAUUUCAGAAUCUCACCGCAGAAUACAAGCCUGGCGAGCCAGUACUGAACAAUGUGUCACUUUCUAUUGAAGCUGGACAAAAGAUUGGAAUGAUUGAUCAUAUCGGAGGAAAUAUCACAAUCGAUGGGAUAGACAUCGGAAAAGUUCCAAGGGAAGAAAUACGCUCCAGGAUCAUCGGUGUCCCUCAGGAUUCCUACCUUCUCAGCGGCAGCAUAAGGCUGAAUGCAGACCCGAAACAUGCGACUACAGAUUCUGAGAUCAUUGGUGCACUCAAAAGUGUUCAACUAUGGGACAACAUUAAAGCAAAAGGUGGACUUGAUACGGACAUCGAGAAGAUAUUCUUGUCACACGGCCAAAAGCAGUUGUUCUGUCUCGCACGAGCAAUGCUGCGUCCAAGUACAAUUCUGAUACUAGAUGAAGCAACAAGCAGUGUCGAUGCCAAUACGGACGAAGUAAUGCAACGUGUCAUCCGGGAGCGAUUCGCCAGUCACACUAUCAUUGCUGUAGCGCACAAACUUGAUACGAUACUUGAUUUUGACAAAAUCGCCCUUCUUGAUGAAGGCGUUCUUGUCGAGUUCGAUCGUCCUCACGAACUACUUUCGAACACUUCCUCGGCAUUCCAUAAACUGUACUACAGUUCUUAUGCUAACCAGGACGACAUUGAUGAGCGCGCGACUCUAGCAGAAUAA